AAAGCGGCGCGGAGCUGUCACCCCGGGAGCAGGCUGCGCAUCGCCAAGGCGCUUCUGGCCAGAGAGCGCAGAGGAGCCAUGGCCACCACCAACGGGGCGGUGGAGAAUGGGCAACCCGACAGGAAGCCGCCUGUUCUGCCGCGCCCCGUCCGCAACCUGGAGGUUAAGUUCACCAAGAUAUUUAUCAACAACGAGUGGCAUGAAUCCAAAAGCGGGAAGAAGUUUGCAACGUACAACCCUUCGACUCUGGAGAAAAUAUGCGAAGUGGAAGAAGGCGAUAAGCCUGACGUGGAUAAGGCCGUGGAGGCAGCCCAGGCUGCUUUCCAGAGGGGCUCCCCAUGGCGCCGGCUGGAUGCACUGAGCCGUGGCCACCUGCUGCAGCAGCUAGCUGACCUCAUGGAGAGAGACCGCGCCGUCCUGGCGACCCUGGAGACCAUGGACACCGGGAAGCCAUUUCUUCAGGCCUUUUUCAUCGACCUGGAAGGCUGUAUCAAGACCCUGAGAUACUUUGCAGGCUGGGCUGACAAAAUCCAGGGCAGGACCAUCCCCACAGACGACAAUGUUGUGUGCUUCACAAGGCAUGAGCCUGUCGGGGUGUGUGGUGCCAUCACCCCGUGGAACUUCCCGCUGCUGAUGCUGGUGUGGAAGCUGGCACCUGCCCUGUGCUGUGGAAACACUGUGGUCGUGAAGCCGGCUGAACAGACGCCCCUCACCGCCCUGUAUCUCGGCUCUCUGAUCAAAGAGGUGGGGUUCCCUCCCGGCGUGGUGAACAUCGUGCCAGGAUUUGGGCCCACCGUGGGAGCAGCCAUCUCUUCCCAUCCUCAGAUCAAUAAGAUCGCCUUCACUGGUUCCACCGAGGUGGGCAAGCUGGUUAAAGAGGCCGCCUCGCGGAGCAACCUGAAGAGGGUGACUCUGGAACUUGGGGGCAAGAAUCCCUGCAUCGUGUGUGCUGACGCUGACCUGGACUUGGCAGUGGAGUGUGCCCAUCAGGGAGUGUUCUUCAACCAGGGCCAGUGCUGCACGGCUGCCUCCAGGGUGUUCGUGGAGGAGCAGGUCUACCCCGAGUUUGUCAAGCGCAGCGUGGAGUAUGCCAAGAAGCGGCUGGUGGGAGAUCCCUUCGAUGUCAAAACUGAGCAGGGACCUCAGAUCGAUCAGAAGCAGUUCAACAAAAUUCUUGAGCUGAUCGAGAGUGGGAAGCAGGAAGGGGCCAAACUGGAGUGCGGGGGCUCAGCCAUGGAAGACAGAGGGCUCUUCAUCACACCCACAGUCUUCUCAGAAGUCACCGACAGGAUGCGGAUUGCCAAAGAGGAGAUCUUCGGACCGGUGCAGCCGAUCCUGAAGUUCAAAAACAUCGAAGAAGUGAUCAAAAGGGCCAACAGUACUGACUAUGGACUCACAGCAGCCGUGUUCACCAAGAACCUGGACAAAGCCCUGAAGCUGGCCUCAGCGCUGGAGUCUGGCACGGUCUGGAUCAACUGCUACAAUGCCCUGUACGCACAGGCCCCUUUUGGUGGCUUCAAGAUGUCUGGGAAUGGCAGAGAACUAGGCGAGUACGCGUUGGCUGAAUACACAGAAGUGAAAACCGUCACCAUCAAACUGGACGACCAGAACCCCUGAGGACAGGCGGGCUCCGUCCUCCACUGCGGGACAGCUGCACAGGGCAGGUGGAACUGCUGAAGGACAGAUGACACUUGUGACCUUCUGAGGACAUUUCCUUCUGGACACAGAGUUGAAUGACUUUGGAUUUUUCCUCUCACGCACAGGCUUUGUUGGUCCAGCUAUGGACAUGGCCCAUGCCUUUUGUGUGAAGCAGCCUAGGAGAGGGAGCCAGAGGUCCAGGGGAGACUCUGAAGACACUUAGGGCUCUGAGUACAGGAAGUGGCCUCUGAAGUGUCCAGCAGCUGCUUCU